CGGGCGCGAGCCAACAGGUUAGCCAAGUACAGACAGACGAUAUCAUGAACUCAUGGGCACUUUCUUAAAUUAAGAUAACUUAAAGACAUUUCUAGUGAAAUUGACGAACGAUUAUCUUUCUCGUUUGUUCAUCUUCGAAAUCCACUUUGCGAUUACUUAACUGAACAUUCCAAUGCUUGGUGACGUACUUCAUGGAGACACGAUGAAUGGGACCUUUAUCAGUGGAAAAUAACCUGAAGUCGAUUUAUAAUCAAUUUUGUUUACUCCAUAUAUAAAAUCAACAAAUCUUAAGUAGUUGAUCAAAUUAAGACUAUCAUGCUGAAAUAUGAGAUAAAAUUGGAAUCAAGGUAGACUUUGAACAAGAAAUAAACAAUUUUACUUAUUAUCGUACCUGGAUUACCAUGUAAUUUGAUCUGGUCAUUUUUCAGAAUUUAAGUGUAUGGAUAAAAUGUAUUAAGGUAUUGGCACAGCUAAAUCGGAAGGAUUAAUUUUACAUAAUAACAUGUAUAUAAUAUAAGCUUUUAUACAUUUUAAAUUCUCAUCUACAAUAGAGAAUUCAACAAAACCACAGUAGUUCAGUAGUGCAACUGUAUAUAGUAAAUCUCAAGUGAAAAAAUAGGAAAAUCAGAAAUAUACAAAAAUGUUUACAAAAAUAAGUAAAGCUUGGAUAUUCCGUUCAUUUAUGGUGCUUAUUAGCACAGUACUGUUGGGAGUGGAAAGUUGUGGGCGCGGGACCAUAUUCCUGAAGGACAAUGAAUAUAGGCAGACUCUAAUUGCAAUAGGUGACGGUGUACAAGAGGAUCCUGCGCUAAUUGAAAGAAUUAAAACUGUCUUUACAGAUGCGUCUGCGUUACUUUAUCAAGUUACAAGAAAGAGAGCAUAUUUCAAGGACAUAACAAUUCUAGUGCCAAAGACAUGGUCAGACGACCCCUCCUACCAACCAAUAAGUAAAGAAAGUUUUGAAAAAAGUGAUAUAGUGAUCGACAAUCCUGAUUCAAGAUACAACCAGGGUGACAAACCUUUCGUCAUCAAAACAACACCAUGUGGCAAGCUAGGCCAUUACAUGCAUCUCACACCCGAUUUUCUUAUGGAUCCAAAUAUCGGAAUAUUAUAUGGGGCAUAUGAAAAGGUGAUCGUUCAUGAGUGGAGUCACUUGCGGUAUGGCGUAUAUGACGAAUAUGGAGGAGGUGGGAACGAACCAAGAUUCUACACAACCCAGUUUGGUGACAUAGAAGCUACCAGGUGCUCACUGGGAUUCUCUGGUAAGCUGGUGAACAUCCAGACAGGAAGUGAAGGCUGUAGCUAUGCAAGCGGGUUACCUGACGGGAACUGUAGAUACCAGGAUGAUCGGUUUCAAAACAGAGACGGUUACGGGUCACUAAUGUAUAAGCAAUUCCUCCCUCAGAUUACGUCUUUUUGUGAUAAUGAUCCGAAUGACCCUAAUACACUUCAUAAUCGAGAAGCCCCAAACAAACAGAACCAGAUGUGCAAUAGUAGAUCAGUGUGGGAGGUAUUAAGAGAGCAUGGGGAUUUUGAGAAAGAUUUCAACCCUCCAAGAAACGUGACGUCAACAGUACCAGAGUUCCGGGUCGUGCGUCAGAAGGAAAAGAAAACAGUUUUAGUACUCGAUGUUAGCGGUAGUAUGGGACAGAACAGUCGCAUAGUAAAGCUGAGACAAGCGUGUAGCAACUACAUAACGAAUGUGGUGAGAGAUGGCGAGCAGUUAGGCGUAGUUUGGUUCUCGACUAGUGCCCGGGUCAAAUCAGGUCUUGUUAUAGUCAGCAAUGCGACCCGACAGCAACUAUUAGAUAGUCUCCCUACGACUCCAAAUGGAAGAACUACUAUAGGAGGUGGUUUACAGAAAGGUCUUGAAGUACUUGCAGCAAACAAUACCGACCCCUCUGGUGGGAUACUUGUAGUUGUAUCCGAUGGUGGAGAGAAUCAACGUCCAAACAUUGCGGAAGUAACUCCAACACUCCUCGCUGCUAACGUUACCAUCCACUCAAUUUCUAUCACAGAAGCUGGUGAUACCCAAGUGGACGCCGUUGCUGCAGCAACUGAAGGCCUUUCAUUCCUCUACUCCGCGGAAGAUGACUCUAACGCUCUCAAUGACGCAUUUGUAACUAUUGGUGAAAAAGAUGUUGGAAUAUCAGAUAAAAAUUUGCAACUCAUCAGUAAAGCUGAGCUGCUGUCUAGUAAAUCAUCCUUAGUCGAGUCAGUCUCACUGGAUUCAUCUAUUGGAAGAAAUACAGAUUUCUCAUUCGAUUAUGGUAGUACAGGGAUUUCAAUUGACUUGACAUUACCAAAUGGAAAAGUCAUGAGCUCAUCUGCCGCGGGAACAAGGGAUGACUCUAUCAAAGUCAUUAGGUUCAAAAUACCAGGCUUGGCUGAGCCUGGAUCAUACACAUACAACAUCACGAAUCCUACAUCAUCUAGACAACGUGUUUCUGUCACAGUGACAUCUCAAGCAGCCAAACCUGGUGACUAUCCACUUCUCUCCACAGCUCAAUGGGGUCUGCGCGUUAUCGACCUCAACAAGCCAGAACCAGAUAGACAAACACUUUAUGUUAGUGUUUCAAAAGGUUAUUCCCCAGUACUCAAGGCAAAUGUUAAAGCUUCAAUUGAACUUCCUGAAGCAGAACCAAUUGUCUUAGAGUUACUUGAUAAUGGCGCAGGUGCUGAUCUAACUAAGGAUGAUGGCAUUUAUUCAAAUUAUUUUACACAAUUUAACCUUAAUGGAAGAUAUAAUGUAAAGGUCACUGUGAAUAAUGGCAAUGAAACUGUUAUCAGUCCCAAAAGGGUCAUUGGAUUAGGUGUCCAAGAUCCGACAUGGGAGGAAAAUGGCUCUCAGAAUCAACCAGAUGUAAAAACGGAAUCGUUCCAACGAGUGGCUACAGCAGGGUCAUUUGAACUGAUGGGUUAUUCACCUCAAGUUGCUGCAACGUUAUACCCUCCUUCGAGAGUUAGUGAUCUCGCUGUUGCUGGAAUAGAUUAUGGUCGAAAACAGGUUGAACUUAUUUGGACAGCUACUGGUGCUCAAUUAGACUCUGGAACAGCCACAUCAUAUGAACUUCGAAUAGCUAAUACAUUUGAUGCAUUAUACAAUAACUUCACCAAUGCUACAAUAGCCCCGCAAAGCUAUGUAGCUUCGAAGUCGAACUUCUCUACUCCAAAACAAGCAGGAAAUAAAGAGACCUUCCUCAUAAAUAUUCCUGUAAAAGGAAAUGUACUUAGUUACUAUUUUGCAUUGGUUGUAAUUGGAAAUGCCGGCCAGAGAAGUGAAAGGUCUAACAUAGUAUCAGCGUAUCUGAAAGACACCUCUCCAGUGCCACAGCCUAACAUCGGAACAAUUCUAGGCAUAACCUUUGGGACAAUUGGCGCAGUGCUUGUGAUAAUAGCAAUUAUUGUAUUAUGUGUUUGUAAAAACAAGAAGGUUCAAUCAAAACCUGACCUUUAUGAAGAGAAAACUGAUCCACAGAAAGACCCCGAAAAGGCUCUGAGUGAAUUUAAAACUAUCCCACGACCAGAACCUGUAAAACAGAAUAGCAACGCCGAACGUCCAUUACCAGAAACACCAGAUGAUAAUAAACAAGGAGAAGUAAAUAAAGGCUAUAGAUCAACAAAUUAAGACCGCAGAGAAAAUUGGUUGAUGAGAAAUGUCGUUUGUGGCUCAAAUGUGGAAUAUAUAAUCACCAGUUAUAUAGUGAAGAUAGAUAAAACGAGUUAUGCAAUAAUUGAAAUCUAUUAAAUUUGGGGCCAUUAGAAGAAACGUUCAUAUAUUUACUAUUCCAAAAUCAAUUGUAAUGACGUCAUGGUAAGAGGAUAAUGGACUUGGGAAUUAUCAAACUUCCGGUUAUGAUCCUCCCUAGUAUCACAAUCGUAUGAGUACACAUUUGAGAAAUAAAAUAUUGGGCAAUACAUUGUUAGAAAAUCAAGAAAUAUAAAUAACUGGGUCGAUGACUUGUUCGGACCUAAAAAGGUUGUUACCCUCAAACAUUUAUCUCAUUAUUUAUUUAACAUUUACAAUAAACAUUGUCACAAGAAGUAAACAAUAUUUUAUAUUGUUGAGCCCGACAAUAUGUCGCCAUUAAGGUGAAGUUUCAGUUUGAAAUUCCGUCCAUUAUCAAACUAAUAUGUACAUUGUCCUAUCAAAUAUAUUAUAACUUCGAAUUUUCCAUGCAUGUAUUUUACAUAAUAAUUAUGAUUAUUGAGAGUAUAUAGUAAUGCAAUAUUGAAUGUUUUAUAUGUUGUAGCAAUAUGUUAGUGAAGCUAGAAAAGGAGAAUCUGAAAUUUAAAUGUAGAAUAAAAAUAUAGAUUUAUUAUACGAAUUUAUACAAUUCGCCAUU